AUGUCGUUACCAAACAACAAGCCCCAAGAUGUUCCGCAGCCACCACCGACCGUGAUGCCUUCGACGCCACCCCGCCCAGCCUCACUAGACGACGACGACACAUCUCUGCAAGAAAACGACAAUAUGAGCUCACGUUCAACUCCCGUAAACUCUUCCGGAUCCAAACUCUCGCCAGCCGAUUGUCACACCCUACAAAAGAUUCUCAAUGACGUACGCAGCCCUUCAUCUCUAUCCAGAACGUCAUACUUUAACAACACACCCGCGAGGCGGUUGAAUCUGACUGUGACGCCUAUUGGUAACAUCGGCGAAGAGCAGCUUAGCCAUGAGGAGGAAGACCUUGGUCGUGGUGAUGAACAAGAGCAAGGUUAUGAAGACGAAGACGACAAUAUGGAACUGAGCGAUGGCGAAGAUGCUUUCGGUAUAGACGGAAAGGAAGCCGGGGACACAAUCGAGGACGUUAUGAAUAUUCCUGGUAAGACUGCACCGGUUGCGCCUGUCCGUGACUACAUCAGGCUCUGUGCCCACGAUCAGCCCGCGCUUGAUGGAACCGAGGGACUGCAGCUUUGUCGCUUUUCGAUCGAAGAAGGCCUGAAAGAGCAAUGUCGUCACCAGGAACGUGCACAGGCGAUUGCGGCAACAGACGGCGUCUUUGAUACGGACGCGAGGAUUCUUGAUGCAUCAUGUCAGGCGUUGGCCGUUGAUAAGAUUAGUGAUCUCAGGACUCUUCAAGAAGACAUCGGGAUGCAUCCAGUGGAAGUCAAGAAGGUGACCGCCAGGGCGCUUAGUUCUCUCGAAACUUACAGCGACCAACCUCGACCGCAUAGCUCGUUUCAGAACGUCCACCGUGCGUCUGAAGAUGCACUACCCGUAUCAGCUUCCUUCAUCGCCUUCCCAUCUCCUGCUCGUGCCGUCGUUCAAACUCCUCACGGAAGACACAUCGACUUCGCGCCCUCUGCUACUCCUCUAGACACGCCAGUGGCCAACACGCUCAGUUAUUUUGGGUCCCAUGAAGACAUAAGUAGCUCACAGCAUAAAAGCCGCCGCAGUGCUUCUUCGCCAACAGAAAUUACCGACCUAGCACGAAACGCCAGAGUGGACGAGGAGGAAGCGGCGGAACAGAGAGAAUUGGCAGAGCUACAUCGAUUUAGGGACAUGGAUCUUGCGCCAAUAGAGACUGUUAUGCAGGGCGGGCCAGCUGGCGACUUGAUCAUCUGCGGAACUCCUGCGAAAGCCAGAGAUGAAGCCCUGUUUCUCCAAAGCGCAUCCGAUACUGUGGACUCCGAGAUGGAAGAUUGGAUUGACCUACAACGCCCGCAGUCCAGACUACCUUCACCACCUCGACCAAACUUGCUUGUCGAGCAGGACGAGGAAAAUGACGCGGAUGUUGAGGAGUCAGAUACUUCGUCUGAUCCAGAAAGGGAGCAGCUCGUCAGCGUCUCACAACACCCUACUUUCCUCACCGUCAUUAGUAUGCUACCAGCUGCUAUAUUCUGGACCACUGCUGCUUCCAUUGUCGACCGUAGUAGCAAAGCAUUCGAUGUGCUUAUUGAGAAGUUAACAGGGCUGAAGGUGUAGAGUAGGUCUGGGCAAGCAGAGUCCACUUUGCAAUUGCAAAAGUGCGAGUGAGACGUCCGAGUGUAGUGCCUAUCACUGUGUAUCCAAAGAAGGGAAACAUCGAGAAGAGAUUACGCGCUGCAUCAUUAGAAUAAAGUAUGAUAUACUAAGUAGAUGGCCAUGAGGAACAGAUUGCUUUUCGAGAUCACGGAUCCGCAUCCUCACUCUGCCUAUCGCUGUGCAACACCGUUACUAUGCAACUCAACACCACCCAAUGCAGAUUGUGUACACCGUCCUGGCUGACACACCCGGAUUACCGCCCUAUGCUACGCUGUUGAAGCGUGCCAAAAUAGCUCUGGCCACACCCAAAGACCACCACUUGGUCCUUCCUGAUCUUCUUGAUCAUCCUCUUCCCCACAAGCCUUGCAACUGAGUUAUUGAAAGACACUGUU